UCCAAAAAGGUAUUAGUUGGCGUUGUGAAAUUCAAGUUGUUUUCUUGUGUCGCACGUGUUCUUUCUCUGAGAUCUGACUCUCGACUUUGUUUGUUAAAAAUAAAUGCUAAAAUGGACAGUGAUAGGAAAUUAAACAGCGAUUCCAAUGAAAAUACUUCAGGGAACGAUGAAUUGCCAGGCAGUAGCUCGAAUACUGAGCAAAAUGCACCCGGGGCACACGGCGUCGUGGGAAGAGAAUAUUUCCAGAAUAAUAACGACCAGCAAAAAAAGGAAUUAUUUCUGCUUGACAUGAAAAGUAAAUUCCUGUUUUUAAAUAAGAUGCUCGAGGAACAUGAAAGUGAUGAAGAUAUGAUCGAUAAACGAAAGGGAUCAAUCACCGCUAUGCGGGACAAGUAUGCAAUAGAAAUAGCCGAAUUGAGCAAAAACUUAAACGACGAGUGUGCUCUUGCUUCCCAAUCGUCAUCUGUAUCUAAUAUAGAAAGCUGUGGACUAAAAAGUGAGUCAACUAAACGGCCCACUGAACAAGCCCAAUACGAAAAUGGGAAUAAAUACAAGGAAUUGCGCCUUGCUAAGCUAAAAGAAGAAUUGAGGCUACUGGACAGCGAAAUAUCGAACUUAAACCGUUGCAUAGAAAAACGUCACCAGGCAGCUUGCAAGCUAAAAGAUAAUAUAGGAAUUCUAUAUAAACGAGUUGAGCCACACAUAUAAAAAACCAAACAACAUGGUCUAUGAGUUUAAAGUUUCGAGACGAACUUGGAAAUUGACAAGCUUAACCAUAUGAAAUCAGCAUUGUAUUUAAAAAAAUAUAUAUAUA